UUCCAAGCUCUCCUUACCAAAAAGUGGUUAACGAUGACUCAAAGAAACAGAUUUCUUCUUUCAGAAUUCAUAGUUCCCAUUGCGUUUAUGGUUAUGAUGAUUGCUUUCUCCUCACAUUUCCUGAACCAUAAUCCUGAAAGUCUAGCUCGGACGUUGAGGAUGGAAUAUUACACCAACAGUGUGGCACUUAUUAAACCUAGUGGGGAUAACAGGAAGGCGUGGGUUGCUAGUUUUAAGAAGGUAUCAGGGAGAAUGGAAACAGAGUAUUUGGAGGAGGAAAUGGACAUGUCGGCAGAAUUGAAGAGGCGCAAAGGUCACACUCUAACAAAUGAGAGACGACAGGCGAUUAUUGGUGUAGAAAAGGCAGAUGGCAAUCUAAUUGGUUAUUAUUCCUCAAACUCGUACCAUUCAUGUCCCAUCGUCAUUAAUUUGAUGAGCAACGCCGUGCUGGCCAUGCUGUCAAUCAACUCUGAAAAAAAAUAUGCAGUUCGCGUGGCUAAUCAUCCUAUGCAACAAUAUGAGGGUUUUCCGAGUGGGUCUACCCAAGGAAAUACAAUCAUAAUGUAUGCAUACAUUUUAUCCAUAAUUUUGGCCUUAAUAUCAGCUUCAGAAAUGCGACUUCCUCUUUGGGAACGCCUCAAUGGAAUGAAGACAUUGGAAAAAAUGGCAGGCGUGCGACCCAUCAUUUAUUGGUUAACUAACUACUGUGGGGAUUUUGCGGUAAAUUUAAUAAUGACCAUUAUUUUGAUGGGCAUUUUAUGCGUUAUAAACAUGAUCGGAAAUGGACAACAAUUUGAGGGGCGAUAUGAGAAACUGAUUAUUGCACUAAUCAUAUUUGGAUACCUGUGCUGGUCGUCUAUCCCAUAUUCAUACUUUUUAAGUAGUAUCCUGAAAACUUCUCAUGAUGGAUUUACACAUUUUAUCGUUCUCCACUUUUCUCUUGGAAUCUUGCCUAUGUCAAUUACCUACCAAGUAAUGAGAGUGGACAUCAGUGAUUUUGCCAUCGUGUUACGUUACAUUCUCCAUAUCUUCCCACCAUACUCGCUAACCUCAGCACUAGUCCAUUACUUUCACAUUGUGAUGGACAGGAGCUUCUGCAAUGUCAUGGAUCAUGAUAGGUGUGCAGAGUAUGAAAAUGCGUUGAAUUCGGAGGAUGAUAGUAAACUGGCAGAGAAAUUACAUGUGAAACUUUUUUCUGAUUCCAUUCUUCGAGCUUGUUGCAAGAGUUUUUGCGAAAGUGAAGGUAUCUGUCACAAAAAGAAACAAUUCUUCGUUAACACGCCCGUUCCAGGAUUGCUAGUGGACAUUUUUGCAAUCGGGGCUCAAGGUGUAUUUUUCUGGUUGACCGUGUUGCUUAUGGAGAAUAAAAUCCCGCAAAAUAUAUUUUUCUACUUGAAGACGACAUUGUUAGGAGAUAAAGAAAUAAAGGCUACAUUAGAAGACACCAGAGACACGGAAGAACCUGAAGAUGUAAAGAGAGAGCAUCAGCGAGUGGAUUACAUGAUUGACAUUGAAGACAAUGUGGAAUCAGAAAUCAUUUUGGUACAAGACGUAUGCAAAUUUUAUGUAACCGAAAAGUGUAUAGAUCAUGUUUACUUUUCCAUCCCCGUACGAAGCACGACCGGACUGCUAGGGCUCGCUAAAAGUGGGAUGUCUACGUUGAUUCGACUUCUCACGGGAGAGUUGAGACUGUCUGCAGGAAAUAUAUAUAUGGAAAAUGAACACUUAACCAAACGAAAUCGAAGACAUUGCACCAUGAAAAUGGGCUAUUGUCCUCAGGACAAUGCAUAUUAUCCAGACCUCACGGGAUUUCAAAUGUUAAAACUGUUUGCUCAGUUACGGGGCGUCCCUGAGUCUCAAAUAGAUGUACAAGUACGAAGAUGGCUAACUACUUUGGAUCUCGAGGGAGUAGCAAGAAUGAGCUGCAAGGGUUACAGACCUGGACAAAGACAAUUACUCUGUUGUGCGAUGGCGAUGAUUGGUUGGACACGUGUUGUGUUGAUGGACCAACCAACGGCGGAGCUGGAUUUGAGAGAAAGGGAAAUAUUCUGGAUGGCCAUAAAUGAAGCAAAAAAGAAAGGACAAACAACAUUUUUCACAUCCACAUUUACAGAAGAAGUACGGUAUUGCACGGAUAAAGCAAUGAUUUUAGAUAACGGCGAGAUUUUGUCAGUGGAUGAGCCUUCCGAAGUUUUCCAAGAAAAUUCAAGGGGCUUCACGUUGUCCAUAAAGUUAAGAGCAUUGGCAUUUAAAAGUCUGACUCCGUAUGAAGUUGGGACAAAAGUUGAUCAACUACGAGAUCACAUCAUUCGUCAUUUGAGUCCGUGUGAAUUAACGGUUGAUGAAGGCAACACCCUCAUUUACCAGAUGAAAGACCUGACAACAAAAUUAAGCUAUGCAUAUGGAAUAAUGGAAGGUGCAAGAGAGAGAUUUCCCAACCUUUUGGAUAACUUUCUCAUCAGCGAGUCUUCCUUGGAUGACGUAAUCUACAAUCUUCAUAAGAAGGCAAGGAUGCGUAAAAGUGUUACCGAAGAUGGAAAUGAGGAAGAACACCGUCAUUCUGGUAGUAUUUAGGUAU